UCGGAUAAGUAACUCAUCACCAAGAAGCGAGAGGGCAUCGCUGCCGAGGUCCACUGCACCUGCUGCAACUUGCUGCCACACGGCGCAAACAUCCUCCUCAAUGUCCGGCGGUUUAACGAUGGAUCAGACUUUCCUGCCUCGCUCCAUCUGGACCGGGGACAGUAAAUUCCUCCAGCACCCAGCGGAUCUCUACACCAGUGUGGUCGUUACGCGCAGCAUCCCCGCGGGCACGUGCUUCGGCCCAUGUUUGCUCCAAAACACUUUCUACGACACCAUCGCCUUCAUAGCGCAGAAAUCCUGCGACAAGAGAGCCAAAUCCUACGUGUUCAGGGUGGACCCCGAGGCCAUGCGUAAUUCUGCGCUCGUGCUGUCCUGGCUGCGGCUCGUGCAGGCUGCGCGCAAUGAAGAGGAGCAGAACACGGAGGCCUUCCUUAAAGCAGGUCAGCUGUAUGUGCGGACCACCAGGGACAUCCAGCAGGAGGAAGAGUUGCUGGUGUGGUAUGACCAGGAGCUGUCCCACCUGCUGGGCUUCACAGACAUGACAAGGGGAUCGAGUGAAGCGUUCAAAUGUGGAAGAUGUCACCAGGUCUUCAAGAAUGAGUAUCCCUUCCUGGCUCACUGCCGAUUCCUGUGUACUCAAGUCAAGAGCGACGCCUGGAGCCGCGAGGUUUACGAGCACAAGCAAGUGGAAAUUAAGAGGCAACAUCGAGUGACAGAUUUCCACAACAUCGCCAGAGAUUUGGAACACAGAAAAUCUGGCAGCAGCGAGGACGCGGAGAUUUCCCCCAAGAGAAGGAAAUACGAGGAAAGUCUUUAUCCCAAAGCGCGUAAAACGGUUCUGUUGGAAAAAACGAACAUUUCAAAUGAUGACAAUAUUACACAGCUGAGUAAGGGCUACGACCAGGCAGCGGGGGAUGCACCUGCCUCUGUGGGGAAACUGAAAGCCGACAAGGUCAAACCGGAUCAUUUGGGAUGUAAGAAUGAUGGUUUUGCUGAGGCGAGGGAAAUGAAAGGGACUUUUACGCACGGCAGAGAGAUGGAGGCACGGUCGGAGACAGGCGAGAGUUCUGGUGUGCACUCAGGCAGCAGCAGCAGCGCAUUUUCUCUGGUCCUGUCCAACAGUCAGGGCGAGCAGAAAAGCGCUUUCUGCAAACCGAGUAAAAGACCUUCUCCCAUUAACCCCCAGUCGCAUCACAGCAGCGCUUCAACAGCCCCCUCUAGCCGCCUAGAGGAGAUGACUGACCCCUUUCCCUCCAGGACUGUUAUGGGAUACAACAACCUGAUGGCGUCCAACAUCCUGAGCGGUGACAUACAGACCGUACCCUCCCCGGUUGCGUUAAACAAUGCUUUCCACUACGCGCCGGAGCACUGGUCCAGGAACGUUGGCGUCCAGCUGCAGACCACAUCUUCCCUCACGAUCCUCCCGCCGACUUUCACCUCAUUCGGCGUCUCGGUGCAGAACUGGUGCGCCAAGUGCAACCUGUCCUUCCGCAUGACCUCCGACCUUGUUUUCCACAUGCGCUCUCACCACAAGAAGGAGUUCGCGGCGGAGUCCCAGGUGAGGAGGAGGAGGGAGGAGAAACUCACCUGCCCGAUCUGCCACGAAUACUUCCGAGAGCGGCACCACCUGUCCAGACAUAUGACCUCGCAUAACUGA